CUUUGGCCAUUGCAGGCAGAAGCACAUCCAGGGCAUAAUAUUAUUGGAUUUCUUCUAGGAUCUGAAAGUAAUAACAGGAGGUGACUACAUGAAGUAUGAUCUAUUAUUGGAAAUCUUAUGAUAUUUUUGGAAGCAAAUGGAUAGCCAGUCUUUAUAAGAACUUUCUGAAUAUGUGAUGAACUAUGUAAUUUUUGGCACUGAAUAAUCAGAGAAUGCACAUAAAAGAGUGCAAAUCCUUAUAUUAAUAUUUGUAAAAAAAACUGUACACAUCCCUUGCUGAUUUCCAAGAAAAAUGGGGUUCGCUUUUAUGACUUCCUUAUGUAUUGAUGCCUACUUCAGUGUUCUACUUCAUAGUCUAUUUUUCAGUGCUCUUUCAGCUUGGGACAACAAGAAGCUCGUUAGGAAAUUCAGAGGGCCUUUCUCCAGAUCAACGCUAUCAAGUUGGUCAUAUUUCACAAUCAGUCUUCUUUUUCUCUUCCUGAUAUUGGCAAGGGGUAUAUUAAAUACCUACCAUUUGCUUAGAGUUAUCAUAACGACGAAGCUACAAUAACAAUUAUCAAGAUGGAUGGUCACCACUAUGCAAAUCUUACAGUAAUUAACGACUCAGAGAUUCAAUCCAUCAGUGCCCACAUAGAAGAGAGAGCAGUGAUUGCAAGGCUUCCACAGUCAGCAAGAGAUAUCAUAGGGCACAAAGACUUAAAGGAUGUAAUCUAGGAAGAACUUCAGAUUAAUAUCAAGGUAGAAGAUAUCUCACAGUACAACUCAGAUUACAUUAUCAUGCUAGACUCAUCCAGUACAAAGACCAUCCUCCUUGACAGAGGAUUUCUCAAGGUUGGUUCCUUCAUACUUCCACUGAUCCCAUGGGACAGAAGUUAUGGUUCAACAAUUCUCCCUCUUCAGACCCAUCUUACAGAUGCUCACAACCUAAAUCCCCAUUCACUCAUAGCAUCCAACAGUCAACACCUAACCAUUUAUAUAUAUGGGCUUCCACCUCAUCUCUGUUGUGAGUUCAUAGUACGCCAGCUCCUUAAGAAAAUAUGCAUCGUCCACAAAAUAGCAUUUACGCCAGCAAACCUGACAUAUUCAGUGGAUGCUUACGGAUCAGAUAUGUCUAUACCGGAGAUCACACAUAUAGGUGUCAAAAAAGAAACACAUAAUGGUAGUAUUAUCAGCAUCUGGCCAUUAUGGUAUGAAGUCAUUACAGAGGACAUGCAUCCCAACCAACAUGACCUAUACUAUUUAGAAAACACUGACAACUUUCGAGGAGACUCUGAUCUUGAUAGUGAGCACCAUAAAGAGGUCCAAAAACAGUACUAUGAGCUUCAAGAUGGAAACAAAGAGACCACUUCCCAGUUAAAUGAAUACAUCGCCGGGUAUUCAGAUGAUUCAGACUGGGAACCAUAUGUACCAUGAUCAGGUACCUUAAGCACCAGGGAACACAAACAUAUUUGGCUAGCACACUUCAAGCAACCAAGGAUCAUAUUCUGCGAGUCUGGAGCAUAUACACAUAAUAUUAUUGCUACUAUAUAAUGCUUGCAUCCUGUACAUAAACACAUAUGUCAUAUUUCUGUUUAUGUAAUAUCGUUGCCUACUCAAACCAAGAAACUAUCCAAUACUUAAUGCAUCCAUCCUGUAAAUACCUACAGAUGUAAUAUGUUUUUAUGCAUGUAGCAUAUAUAAAUAUCCGCUCUGUUAAAAACUCUGAAUGUCCAACCUUUGUAUUCUAUAUGAACCUAUCCUCCCGCGCGAUGGCGCGCAGGUUCCACUA